AUGCUACUGGACAUUCAUCCAUCCAUAGUGAUCCAUGAACAUACCACAUUUCGUCUUAUCCAGGUCUCUUACUAUGCCAAUGAAUCCUGGGCACAAACUCUGGGGUCUGCUUGGCUGGAUGAAUUACAGACUCAUCGUUGGGACAGUGAAACAGGAACAGCAAUUUUCUUGCACACAUGGUCCAAGGGAAACUUCAGUAAUGAGGAGUUGACAGAUCUGGCGCUGCUUUUCCGUGUAUAUAUGAUUGGGUUAAGUCAAGAGAUUCAUACCUACUCCACAUACUUGGGGCUUAGGUAUCCUGUUGAAUUACAAGUAAGACUUGGCUGUGAGCUGUCCUCUAGAGAGAGCUCCAAAGGCUUCUUACAGGCAGCUUUAGAUGGAUCAGAUUUUCUGAGUUUCCAAAACAGAACUUGGGUGCCAUCUCUGGAGGGUGGGAAACAGGCCCAGAAGGCACGUGAUCUCCUCAAUCAGUAUGAAGUCAUCAAGGAAACCGUGGAGAGCCUCAUGAGCAAAACCUGUCCCAAGUUUUUCUUGGGUAUCCUGGAUGCAGGAAAGAUGUAUCUUCAGAGACAAGUGAGGCCAGAGGCCUGGCUGUCAAGCUCCUCUCUCCAUGGGUCUGGCAGACUAAUGUUGAUUGUGUUUCCCAACAUAAGAUUUGUUUCUGCCCUCUCAAUCAUGUCAAGUUCCCCAGCUGAAGUAGCAAUUCCAGGUAGUGACUUUUCCAGAAUGAAAGAAGAAGAUGCAGGUGGAUCAUUGGCAGUGUUCCAAGUUGGUAAAAUGCCAACUCUCAGUGCGCUCCUACAGGUUAUCACCAUUUCACAUGUGUUGGGAAGUUCUGCUUUUUCCACUGGGACCUUGGCAAAUUGUCUAUUUUUGAUUUUUACUGUUUUAUUGGAAAAUUCUGGAAAGUUUAAUGAAGUAGAAGAGAAGAUGAGAACAGGCACCCAGGACUAA